AUGAAGGCCACACACAAGCUGCUGUUUGUCCUGUGUCCCGUACUGGUUCUGGCCUCUAUUUACUACUCUUCCUGGAAGCUACACCUGCACGUAUGGGGCCAGAAGCCUCAGAAAGAUGCAGAAGAGUCAACAGUAGUCCAGACUAAGGUUGCUGAAGUGAAAAGAAUCGCAGAGAUGGAAACGGACAUCACCGUUGGACGAAUAGUAGGCUCAGUUUACGAUAAGCAGGGCUUUCUGCUCCAGCUGGACACAAAACUGUCACUGGAGUUGACAUACAAAUAUGGCAACCUCAGCAAAGACGAGUGCAAGCCAGGAUAUGUAAAAGCCAAGAUGAGCUCCAUCUAUCCUAAGUUCAUGAAAUCGGCACCAAUGUUUCUUGAUCGGAACUUCAAGCGACUUGCAAAAGUUAGCAGUUACUUACCCCCAUUUGGUUUCAAAACACAAGAAAAAAUAAUAGACAACAUUUUAAGUGAGACAAAAAAUUACGGACUUGGAGAAGAGUUAGACAGUCACGGCUGUAAAAGAUGCAUCAUAGUGGGCAAUGGUGGAAUCUUGUCCAAUAAAUCUUUGGGUGUUCGUAUAGAUGGCUAUGAUGUUGUUGUGAGGUUGAAUGAAGCGCCAGUAAGUGGCUAUAGCAGAGAUGUGGGGACCAAAACCACCAUGAGGAUUACCUAUCCAGAGGGGGCUAUCCAAAAACCUGAAAACUAUGAAAAAGACUCACUUUUUGUCUUUUCAGCUUUCAAACCACUUGAUUUCAAGUGGCUCAGACAGAUGGUAUACAAGGAAAAACUGGUAAGGAAAUAG